AUGGCUACCUAUUUGGCCUCAAUUUAUGGCACAGAAAAGGACAAGGUCAACUGUUCCUUCUACUUCAAGAUUGGUGCCUGCAGACACGGCGAUCGUUGUUCCAGGAAACAUGUCAAGCCUAACUUUUCUCAGACAAUCCUCGUCCCCAAUGUUUAUCACAACCCUUCACACGACGCCAAUUGCAACAUGACUAAGCAGGAGAUCCAGGAGGACUUUGACAACAUCUACGAGGACUUCUUUGUUGAGCUGGCGAAAUAUGGCGAGAUUGAAGAGAUGCAUGUUUGCGACAAUAUUGGCGAUCAUCUGGUCGGAAAUAUCUACGCCAGAUUCAAGUAUGAGGAGGAUGCAGGAAACGCUGUCGAGAGUCUGAACAACCGCUUCUACGCAGGACGACCACUUUGGGCAGAACUCUCACCAGUGACAGACUUUCGUGAAGCCUGCUGUCGCCAAUAUGAAAACUCGGAAUGCACUCGCGGAGGACUAUGUAACUUUAUGCAUCUCAAGUCUGCAGAUAGGAACCUGAAGCGGGAGCUUCUUGCGUCUCAAAGAAACUAUCUACGCGAAAAGCGAAAGGAAGAGCGGGAUCGACACAGAGAUCACAGCCGCAGCUCCACCGUCCCCGAGGAUGCAGAAAUGCCUCCUGCACGGGAAUCGAGUCACCACGCCUAA